UCGAUAUUCUCGGGAAAUCUUUUUAUUUUUUGGCUGGAUUGUCCCCUUUCUUUUCUAAUUUUAAUCCCAAUUGAUUUAAAAGAAAUAGAAAAAGGAAAAGGAAGAAACUUGUUCCAAAAUGAAUCAAGAAUCACCUUCUCCCAUGUUUUCUUCUUUUCAAAAUCACCGUUUUCGUUUCCCCUAGCUUCUAUUUUCGGGGGAGGGGAAGGGGAUUUAGAGAGAGAAUAAACACAGUAUCGGUUAAAGAUGACUCUUCAAGUUUUGUCUCGUUCACCGCCGGUGAGACACAAACGACCGUGUUCACCUGAUGGCCUGAAGACGGAGAGAAAAGGGAGGAAUUAUGGGGGAAUGGUCGGUGGUUCUGCAGCGGAGUGCACGGCGGUGUGUUGCUGCUUUCCACUUACCAUUAUGGAGCUGCUUGUUUUGGGACUUUACAAGGUUCCUACUGGACUUUGCAAGAAGGCUUGCAGAAGGAAGAAAGGAAAGCACAAGAGCCAUGGCUUUCAUCCUACUUCGUCUAGUGAGGACCAGGACACGGAGCUACACCAAAUGGUGGGUAAUGCGGAUGAUGGGUCCAGGGUAACCGUGGAUUCGGAGGACAACAAGUCGGACCGGUUCUUUGGGACCGGGUUUUGGAGAGAUCCUUCGGAAAAAGAGACCCAUGACGUGAUGUGUGAAAGGAAUUAAAUCCACUUUGAUUAUUUUUUCUCACUUUUCUUUAGAAACUUCGAUUAGGUGUUUUAUGUUUUUACUUCAUAAUGAGAUCAAAUCAUAACUCACCAUCCAAAACCUGUUUCAUUAUUUUAUUUUAUAUGCUACAUAUUAUUAUCUUUAACUUUG